GUGCACUGUUUUUUUACCAUAACACGUACCAUGACACGAAUUUUAGAUGCGGCGUGGCUAGCACGGUGCUCCGGCUUUCCAUACAAUUUGGUCUCGUGGUUUGCUCGUGGCGGCCUGUCUUGUCACCAGAGUCUCGGAGCAUAGGUAAAGUAUAUAUUCACAUUGAUAUGUGCCACUUCAAAUCACCUCGAGAAGACUUGUCCGGCUUUCCACCACCAUGAUAACCAUACCGCACAUUGCAGUGAUUGUUGUUGUCGCGUCUGGGCUUGCUACCGUGUGUUACAGCAAGGGUGCUUCCCCACGCAACUUUUGGAAGCUCCUGCGACAGAAAGCCGCCUUCGUGGCUGGCAGAGGACUACCAGACUUUUCUCAGUUGACAGGCGUUCCUCACCCAAAACCGGUACACGGUUUUAGCAUAGCCCACGCUCGUCCUCGCCCAUACCGACCAUUCAGAUGGGAAUACCACCAGACAAUGUCUCUUAAGAAAUUGGAACCAGACUACUGGUUAGAGCUGGAGAGUACUUACCGCGAUCGUAUUGCCCAACGACGACGACUCUAUGCCCUCCAUGGCAAACGUGUCAUAGAUGAACUGCCCGGGAGCCAAGCAGCUUCAAAGGAGCUGAUGGAAAUGGUCGUUCAGUACCUCUGCCUAAGGUACCCCCAACAGUUUGAGAUUGAUGAGUGGACUUUGACGUUCCGCAACCACAUCCUCGGCUCGACGGUUAACCUUAAAACGGUGCACCCAUUGAUUUUCUUGCUCGAGAAUGUCCCAGAGGACUUCAACAUUACCCAGGAAGACCCUGAGACUGGACUCUAUGCUCUACGAGCUGGUAUCACGAUAUCAGCAGUGGGCUGGAAUAUUAGUCAGAAGAUAGGCAAACCACUACACGAAAUUCAUGGCCCAGUUCCCUAUUAUAAGGAGAAGUUGGCGUUCUCAAUGGACAGGCAACCCAUUCAGCGAGGGUCUUGGGAUCUUGAAAUCGGAGAGCCUCUCUAUCUUCAGACGGAUGAACCCGAGUGGAGUCAUCGUCAAUAUCAGAAUCCGGACCUCCCUCUCUCUGACAUUCACUUGCGAGUUGACUGGCAAACCUUACGGCGCCUGCCAAAAUCCCGUGCCAUCGUUUUCAACUUCAAGGCUUUAUUCACGCCGGUUACGGAUUUCCGCAAUGAGCCAUUCAUUCCAAAGUUGGUUUUGAAGGUUUUGCUAGAAGGAGAUAAGGCGAUCAUGGAGUAUAAAGGAAUGUGGUUCAUCGAGCACAAGGUUAUACCUGCGUUACGAGAAUGGGCAAAGGAGCAAGAGGAUAAGGGAUGGGUCCCAAAGGAUUGGCAAGAGAAGACAUUGAAUGAGGCACCCUUUUAUCCCGGGUGGGAGAAGCAUUACCCAGCGCCUACUUAG